AUGGCGGCAGCGAAUGUUGAUUACCUAAUGUUAGUGGAGGAAAGUUAUGGUGAAUUCACUUUUGAUGAGGACAUGUGGAUGAUCUACGCCAAGAGCACCACCAACCAUAUGACUCCACAUGAGAAGUAUUUCACCACUUUAGACAGAACACACAAAGGUAAGGUUGGUUUGGUGGGUGGGAAAUUUCUCAAGGUUGAAGGAAGAGGAGAUGUGAAGAUCAUGAUGAAGGAAGGGAAGAAGAAGACGUUUAACAACGUGCUUUUCGUUCCCGAGCUCAACAGGAACGUGCUGAGUCUUGAUCAGAUGAUAGCCAGAGGCUAUGAAGUGACAAUGGAACCUAGUUUCCACGACCGGACUGGGGCAGUGUUUGGUGAUACUGUGUGGGACGAGAGAGGACCAGCUCUGCGUUUGAAGGUGAUUGAAGGUAAGGAGCAACGUCCAGCGGGGAGAGAAGAAGCUGAGGAAGAAGAUGAGAUCGUAGUUGAGUAUGUUAUGGCUGCACCGUUUAGUAAAAGUGAUCUCACUUAUGAUGAGGACUUGUGGAUGGUUUCAGGCCAUGCCACGAUCCAUAUGACUCCAUAUGAGAAUGUUUUCACGGAUCUAGACCGGAGACACAAAGCCAUGGUUGGAUUGGCCGAUGGAAACGUUAUGAUGGUUGAAGGAAAAGGAGAUGUGAAGAUUGUGAUGAAGGAUGGGAAGAAGAAGACGACGAUCGAGAAUGUGCUUUUUGUUCCGCAGAUCAGCAGAAACGUGUUGAGUCUUAGUCAGAUGGAGUUCAAAGGAUGUUCAUUCAGAGAGGGAGGACGUGGCGAAUGCAUUAUCAGCGAUCAUGUUGGAGCAGUGUUUGGUGAUACUGUGUGGGACAAGAAAGACAUGGCUCUGCGUAUGCAUGUGAUUAAAGGUAAUCUCACCGCUUGA